GCUCAAAGUAUUUACUCAAUAUAGCCGACAGCCUUCAUGGGCUUUAAGCACUGGAGGUUGAAGAGGCGCUCAUGGGUUCCGGAGCUUCCAAGUCUCUUUGCAAGACGGGCAUCAAAGAGGUCCGACUAGAUGAGUCCAUCACCAAGAGGUUCAUGCAACUCAACCAGCACGGGAAGGUACAAGCGGAGUACGUUUGGAUCGACUCGGACUUCUGGGAUGGUCAAAGCUUCGACCUCUGCUGCAAGACUCUCACGCUACCCGAUGCCCCCAUGUCCCUAGACGAGAUCCCCAUUUGGACCUACUCCGGAGAUGAUGCGAAGGAUAUCGUGAUUGUGCCCCGGAGAACCUACCGCGACCCGUUCCGUCCUGGGGACAAUAUCAUUGUGCUGGCGGACACUUAUGAGGAGCCCAGUGGAGAGGAAAGGGACCACGGGCGCCCCACCAAAUUCAACACUCGCGCCGCGUGCCAAGCGGCGAUGCAAGAGUCUGAAGAUAUUGGGGAGGACCCGUGGUUCGGCUUUGAGCAGGAGUACUACCUGCUGGACCCCAGUACCGACUGGCCCUUGGGGUGGCCUAAGGGCAAAUACCCGCACAAGGACACCGCGUUCUACUGCGCGGUGGGAUCCACAAAGGCGGUGGCACGGGAGCUGAUCGAGGCGCACUACCGCGCCUGCCUCUACGCCGGGGUCAUGAUCGGCGGCAUCAACUCCGAGGUGGCCCCAGCGCAGUGGGAGUUUCAGGUGGGCCCCGCCUCCGGCACGCAAGGCCCCGAUGACCUCUGGAUGGCGCGGUACAUCCUCCAGCGCUUGUGCGAGGAGUACCACGUGGGCGUGACCUUCGAUCCCAAGCCAGUACCAAAGCAAGCGGGGAUCGGAUGCCAUACCAACUACUCCAACAUGGCCACACGGACAGCGCCAGGAGGCAUGGAAGCCAUCAAGACGCAGUGCGAGCGGCUGCGCAGCGCGCACGACAAGCACAUUUCGAACUACGGGAUCGGGAACGAGCGCCGGCUGACGGGCAAAGACGACACGGCGGCUAUGAGUGAUUUCUCUUGGGGUAUUGGAGAUCGCGCCGCCAGCAUACGCAUUGGCUGCAAAGUAGCCCAGCGCGACUGCGGGUAUUAUGAGGACCGGCGGCCUGCUGCCAACAUGGACCCAUACCUCGUCUCACAGCUGUUGGUUGAAACGACUCUUCUGCGGAAGGAGAGUCUGAACUAAUCCAAUUAUGACCACCCUUCCAAAGGUUGGGUCUCUGCAUUGCCGAGUGCUGGUGCAUCCAGCGAGAGUACGCCGCACGUCAAGUCAAGAUGGCUGGCGGGUGGCUCAUGGGCUCCCAGCUUUAAGAGCUUCGAGUCUGCGUUUGUCUGAAAAUUCGGGACCUCUGACCACCAGAAAACCCCGAUGUUCGGAGCCUUUUUUGGGUUCACGCCAUGUUUGAGGGGAC